GAAUAUAUAAAAGCAAAGCUCAGCCAGAAACGUUGUUCUUCGUUGCCGAGAGUCCGCCGCGCGCGCGACUGAUUUUCCAUGCUGCAAAAAGCCGAACCACGGCGACGCCAGAGUCGAUAUGUCGCGGCGCAACGAUGAUGACCCUCGUGACGAGGAUCCUCCCACCCUCCGGUCCGGGUCGGAAGCAUCUGACGCAGAUUCUGAUCUCGAGGAAUUGCAGGGCGACAUAGCCAAGUUCGAUGCAUCAGUACGCGACUUUCUGGCUUCCCAUCGCGGCGCAGACAAGAGCGCGCCCACAGCAGGUUCUUCCGCGCCCUCCAUCCGCGGGGGCUCCUCCUUUCGUGGCCGAUUGCGUGGUCCGCGUCAAGCAGCCAAGCCCAGAGGCGACAUCACGGCCAGGCUCUCCAAGGUCAACCAGGCCUUCCUGGCAGGCGACUAUGAGCGCGCCCUCGAUCUCGCCUCCGAGGUCGUCCGCAUCAAUGCCGAGACGCAUCAGGCAUGGACCACCCUGGCCUCCGUCUUCCGGGAGAUGGGGGAAAUCAACAAAUAUCUCUCCGCCUCUGUUUACGCCGCCCAUCUACGUCCCAAGGAGGUGCACGGCUGGCUUCAAUGCGCCUCGACUGCUCUUGAGAUCAUCGAGACCCAGGGCGAUGAUCCGGAAACACUACAUACAGCUCGCCUCUGCUACUCAGCUGCCCUUCGCGCCGAUUCGAAGAAUCUGGAAGCCAGGCUAGGCAAGGCAAACGUCUGCCAUCGCCAGGGCCAUUUGGCAGUAGCCAUCAACGAAUACAAGCACGUACUACGGAGACACCCAAAUGACCUCGACGUCGUCCGCCAGAUCGCCGAAGCGGCCCUCGACAGUAAGCAUUCCGAGUCGGCCGUGAACUCGGCCGUCGCCGCGUACAAGAAGUACUUUGACAUCCAGCUCUCGAACCCGGCCAUAGUGCCAGAUCAGGAGCUGUGGCAUGAUGUUGGCAUAUACAUUGAGCUUCAGUCGUCGCGUCGUCACUUUCAGGAAGCCAUACAGGAGCUCAGACGUCUGGCUCGAUGGUUGGUCGGCAGAGCCUCAGAAGCGUACUGGGACGAAUACGACGAGGAUGACCGUGAGUGGGACGCCGAGAAUACGCGACGGCGUCAAGUAGCACAAUUCAACCCUGCCGAGGCGGACGUGCGGUUAUACGGCGAUUCACUGCCGCUUGAUCUGCGCGCCCGCCUCGCCAUCUUCCGUCUGGGGUUGGAUCAUGAUGAAGAGGCAUUUAAACACUUGUCGUGGUUGGAUCCCACCGAGCAUCACACUCGUGAAUUUGCCCAGGAUUUUCCUUUCUUGGUGUAUGAACUCGCUUGCGAGCUCACGGCACAUGAUCAUCCCGCUUUCGCAGCCAAGUACCUUGAAGUACUGCGCGAGGUAGCCGGUGAACCGGACGCCGCAGUCUUGUUGCAGCUGGGGCGGGCUUAUCUCUACAGCAGGGAACAGGCAGCGGCUGAGGAAUGCUUGCUCACUGCUUUGGAGAUCGAUCCAGACGCCAUCGAACCUCGCGUGGAGCUGGCCAACCUUUACGAGUUGGCUAGGGAAGAUGAAGAGGCCUUAAUCUUGGCAGCAGAGGCCAUGGCUCUUCGCGAGGCCCGGACCACACACAAUGACGCAGAGGCAAGAACAGCAGCGGGCGGCCAGCGACAAUCGCGUGCGGGCCAACGCAAGUCCGGCACUUCUACACGGAGAAAGCCGCAGGCUCGACCAGCAGACUCGACGGCGCCCAAGAAAUCGGUGAUCCCUAGGAGGUACCGACCGAAACGUCUGGGCGCACCUGGUCAGCGAAGACAGGAGGAACAAGAACACGCUGCCAAACUGUCCCGGCAGUACGAGACCGUGGUUGGGCUGAAGGAGAGCCUUAGGGCUGGUCACCUGGAGCUCAAGGACGAGUGGAUGCAAUCCUCCCAAGCGCUUGUUGAUGAUUUCAGAUCACUUAAGCAGUUCUAUUCGUGGGACAAAUAUUUGCAGCUAUUGGGAGCCCAGAAUUCCUUUCAGCCGCCUCCCCAGGGACAGCCUGGAAGUGAGCUUUUCCAGCUGUACGAGCGUCUCACGCGCACUCUUGUACCUCAGCCAGACCAAGCCCGGAGCGACGCGCAAGCUAGUGGCAUGAGUGGUCACCAAGGCAUUUCGUUCGAUCAGUGGUUGGACAUCUUCCUUGACUACGCCGUUGGCUUGGCAAUCGACUUUCGCCGAGAAGAGUCGUAUCGUGUGUGCGAGGCUGCGCGUGACUCGACAGUAUUCCAAUCUUCAGCCCACAAUUUUCGCAUUCAUAUCGCUUGGAGCAUCUGCGCCGUGUUCACCAACGACGAAGAAAGGGCCAUACAAGUUGCCCGGCAGCUGAUGAAGGACGGCAUCAACUCGGACUCGGACCGGAUGUUCGCCCUGCUGGCGAGCCUCUGCCAGUCGCCCAUCAUCUGGUAUACGUCGGGUCCAGCGCAAAAGUUCGUUCUUCGCCAGAUCAGAGCUUUGGACACGGAGCAGAUGACCACGUUGUCGAAAAGGGAUGAUAUAGGCACAGAGGUCAACAAAGCCCCUCGUGAAGAUAUCCGACUGGACGCUUGCCUGUUGAUGAUGUACGGGCACAUUCUAUUCACGUCCACGAGCUACACAUAUGCCUUAGGGUACUUCCUCCGCGCUCAUUCCCUGGACCCAGACAACCCGAUGAUCAGCCUCAGCAUCGGGCUUGCCUAUGUACACUACGCACUGAAACGCCAGGCGGUCAAUCGCCAGUACCUGAUCCUGCAGGGUCUGGCGUUCUUGACACGUUAUGUGGAGCUCUGCAAGAAAGAAGACAGCGAGGCGUCCCUGGCUGAGUUGUACUACAAUAUUGGUAGACUCCAUCAUCUAUUGGGGAUAUCUUCACUGGCGCUACAGUUCUAUUCCCAGGCGGCGUCACACCUCGACAAGGACGACCCGGACAUGAAAGACCUCGGAUUGAUGAUUGCGACAAAUCAGAUCAUCACACACCUUGGUAACGACAGGCGCAAAGCUGCACUGAAGCUCGUCAAAGAGCAGGUCAUUAUAUGAGCAUUAAUUCAAGCAGAAUAAUAAAUAAGUGUUCUUCAAAUUGGAGUUGAAAUAUGGAGGUAGUCACUUUCGGUUGGAGCGGUGUACAAUGACAGAUACACCAGAUUUUACACCGAUAGCAGGUGCUGCAACGCCGAGUAGUCUUUAUGGAUACGAAAUCCGUGAUGAAUACCUCAUCGAAACAUAUCCGGACGAAAGCAUCCUAAAUGCCAUGCCGAGAGGCCAACGAAAGUUUAUGAAUCUGUAGGGUAGCCCGAAACCCAUGAUCGCAGAUCGCAUCAGGCGUUGAGCAAGCCCCAAAUGCCAUUUGCGUCAUCUCGGGAAUGCCAGGCCUCAGAUUCACAGAUCGUGAAUCUAUGUCAUGUUGUUUGGCCUAGUCAGGAGAUUGAAGGCUCGAAGCUAAGAUGUCUUCUCCCGAACCGAGCUGCACUGAUU